ACUCAGACAGUCGUUGACACUGAGAGGAGAAAUGGCGCAGAAAGGAGUUCAGCUGGACCGAGAAACAAUCUCCUGUUCGAUCUGUUUGGAUCUACUGAAGGAUCCGGUGACUAUUCCCUGUGGACACAGCUACUGCAUGAACUGUAUUAAAGGCUUCUGGGAUGAAGAGGAUGAGGAGAAAAUCCCCAGCUGCCCUCAGUGUAGGCAGACCUUCACUCCAAGGCCUGUCCUGGUGAAAAGCACCAUGUUAGCAGCUUUAGUGGAGGAGCUGAAGAAGACUGGACUCCAAGCUGCUCCUGCUGAUCACUGCUAUGCUGGACCUGAAGAUGUGGCCUGUGAUGUCUGCACUGGGAGGAAACUGAAAGCCCUCAAGUCCUGUCUGGUCUGUCUGGCCUCUUACUGUGAGAAACACCUCCAGCCUCAUUAUGACUCACCUGCCUUUGAAAAACACAAGCUGGUGGACCCCUCCAAGAAGCUCCAGGAGAACAUCUGCUCUCGUCACAAUGAGGUGAUGAAGAUGUUCUGCCGUACUGAGAGGCAGAGAGAGCUGGAGGUGAGUCGACAAAACAUCCAGCAGAGAAUCCAGGACAGACAGAAAGAUGUGAAGGUGCUUCAACAGGAGGUGGAGGCUAUCAAUGGCUCUGCUGAUAAAGCGGUGGAGGACAGCCGGAAGAUCUUCACCGAGCUGAUCCGUCUCAUGGAGGAAAGAAGGUCUGAUGUGGAGCGGCAGCUCAGAUCCCAGCAGGAAACUGAAGUGAGGCGAGUCAAAGAGCUCGAGGAGAAGCUGGAGCAGGAGAUCACUGAGCUGAAGAGGAAAGAUGCUGAGCUGAAGCAGCUCUCACACACAGAGGAUCACAGCCAGUUUCUACACAACUACCCCUCACUGUCACCACUCAGUGGAUCUACAGACUCAUCCGCCAUCAAGAUCCGUCCUCUCAGCUACUUUGAGGAUGUGACAGCUGCUGUGUCAGCAGUCAGAGAUAAACUACAGGACGUUCUGACAGAGGAAUGGACAAACAUCUCACUGACAGUGGCUGAAGUGGAUGUUUUACUGUCACAACCAGAACCCAAGACCAGAGCUGGAUUCUUCAGAUAUUCACGUGAAAUCACACUGGAUCCAAACACAGCAAACACACAGCUGUUAUUAUCUGAGGGGAACAGAAAAGCAACAUUAAUGAGUGAAAAACAGUCUUAUUCUGAUAAUCCAGACAGAUUCACUUAUUAUUGUCAGGUCCUGAGCAGAGAGAGUCUGACUGGACGGUGUUACUGGGAGGUGGAGCUGAGAGAGACAGGAGUUUGUGUAGCAGUUGCAUACAAGAAUAUCAGCAGAGCAGGGAGGAGUGAAUGUCGAUUUGGACAAAAUGACAAAUCUUGGGCGUUAGAUUGGAACAACAACAGUUAUUACUUUUGGUACAACAAUGUGGAAACUCCCGUCUCAGGUCCUCGGUCCUCCAGAGUCGGAGUGUACCUGGAUCACAGUGCAGGUAUUCUGUCCUUCUACAGCAUCUCUGAAACCAUGACUCUCCUCCACAGAGUCCAGACCACGUUCACUCAGCCUCUCUAUGCUGGACUUCGGCUUUGGUGUUUUGAUGGAGACUCUGCUGAGUUGUGUAAACUCCAACAGUCAGAAGUCAUUUCAGGGACAGUGGGUUAAAUUGUGUGUUUGAAUUGUGAAACUUGUCCUCAUGUUUGUUGCUGAGAGCUGAUUGUUGUGGCAUUUGUUCACUGCGCAGAGAUCAGCUGUCAAUCAAACACUGUGGGUGGGACUUUGACGUCUUCUCAUGUGUUCUGUAAAUGUUUGAGUGUGUUUAGGUGGAGCUCCUUCCUGUGUCUGUUCAGCCAUGGAGGCUCUCGCUGCUCAGGAUGAUCGCUGUUUACCUGAACUGACUUUUCUCUGCAUGAAAACAGAAACUUCUCUGAGCUCUACAUGUCUGUUGAAUGUUUCUGUUGAUUUAUUUGUAUGUUGUUGUUUCUCCUCCACUGCACGAGUGUUUAGAGAGAAAGCAGCAGAACGUCCUUUAUCGUACAUGUUCUGUUCUCAGAAAUCUGUGAUGACAUUUACAUUUAUUAUUCUGGCAAGCUGACGUAGAAAUGAGGCACUGAGAGCUUCAAUGAAAGUGUGAUUAUCUUCAUCGUAAUCAACAGAUUCCAACAAACUGAGAUUUGUGCAUGAAGUCACUGAACUGACUGUACUGAUGGCAGGUGUAGCUGUCACAGAAAAAUGUGUUUCUUUUGUACAGAGUUUUAUGUUACUGCAGAGAAAAUGUCUUGUUUUAAAUGUCUGCAAGUUCUUUGUCAUGUUACUACCACCUACUGGUCACAUUGUGUAUUGCUCUAAAUAGUCAGCAUGCAGCGUCACAUGAUCAGACACAGGAAAUGUGCUGCCAGGAAAACAGACGCAGCAAACAGACGCUGGACGGUGAAAACAAGAAAAUAGACACUAAGGGACUGUACCAACUCCUAAAUUACUGGUCAGAAGGCGCAUACGGUAUGUUUUUGUAAUUUAUUUUAAAUAGAUGAUUUAUUUAAGUUUAAGGAUUUGUUUGUGCUGACAAAUGCUUGUGUUUGUAUUGUUAAUUUUUCACUGUGUUUGCUGUGCGAAGAGGAAAAUAAAUGCUGGUAAACAUCAGUUGGA